AUGGACUCUGAGCUGGACCAUGUAAUCUACACAGUGCUCUCUCUGGAAGAAGAGUAUUCAGCAUUGUCUCUUCCCCCGAGGAACCAAGAGAAUGCCAUCCACACAUCUCCUCACCCUAUCUCAGAUGUGAAGACCCACAACGAUCUUCCGAACUCAGAUCUUCAGCAAGCUCUACUAGAACUUUAUACUCUCCUAGGAAAUCAGGACGAAGCACAUACCAGCAAAUUGAGGGACUCAAGGGAGCCAACAGUUAUGUUACCAUCAUCCAAGGGUGCCAGAGAACGCCUUCCCACCAGUCAUCCACCAUUAAAAGGAAAAUUAUGUGAAGAAGACAAUAAAGUGUGUAAGAAAGCAGGAGUUGAGAAUGAGAAUUCUAAGACAACCACCUCAGCCAACAGGUGUAGAAAGAGGACGAUGUACAACAAGGAACAGACCAACUUCCUCCUCAAUCAGUUUCAUUGUGACCCAUAUCCAGACUUUGAGAGAAGGUGCCAGAUUUCCAGGAUAACAGGGAUUUCAGAACCUAGAAUACAGGUCUGGUUCCAGAACAGAAGAGCGAGGCAUCUUUUGCAAACCAGCAAAUCCCAGCAUCCUCAACGCAGGAAAUCCUCAUCUACUGAAGGGGUCAGGAAAAUUUAUAAUGAAAAUCCCCAAAUGUGCAAUUCUGUGGAGGAGUUGAGCCCUCAGAAGACAUGUGGAUGGUUUUAA